CUCUGGCACCAGCAGCGACCUCCAACAGACGCCAUGGCUCUCACCUCCCAGGCUUCAAUUCCUGAAGUUAAAGAAAUAUCUCCAGGCCAGUGUCUAGACGAAAGACUCAAUAGAUUGAAACAAAUCAACGACUUAGGUCCACCAGAUCUCGUUCAAUUAGUCAAACACAUUCCCAAUUCCUCAAAAAACUCAAAAUCAUCCAAAAAUGAAAUCAGCACCUUUUUAUACUACACUGGUGUUGACACUUCGAAUUCCGCAUCAAUUGCUGCUCAUUUAAAUUCAAUUUCCAUGAUUAUUGGUGGCGACAGCCAACAAUUGUGGUUUGGAAAAUUUAAAAAUUGGAAAAUCCUAUCUGCAACUUAUUCGUGUUAUAACGCUUUUUCCAAAUGUGAUAUCAGGGUCAAUAUUCACUACCCCGGAAAAUCAAACACUUUGAUCUUAGACACCAAAAAUGAAAGAAUUCAAGAAAGUGAAUUGGUUUGGCUAGAAACCUAUGUUAGUUCAGUUAUGAGGUCUCUUUUAUCCUCAAUUGACGACGACGAUGAUAUCAACCCAGUUGUUGAGUGUAGACAUCUAAACCCCUUUGAUAAUAUCCAAUCUUUAGAUUUGUUCUUAAAGGGUUUUGAAGUCUUAUUUUUCCAAGGUCCCAAACUAGGUUGUGAUGUCGAAACUCAAGUUCCAACCUACGUAUCAAAUUAUCUAGUUGAUACUUUUUUAAAAGCAAUUGAAUUGACCAACUCAUAUGACAAAGGUCUAGAAAUCUGCUAUAGACUAUUAGAUAGAGAACCAAGUGUAAUAAAACUAAUCUCAGAGAUCCUAUUGAAGAAAAAUGACGAAAUAAAUGCGGUCCAAGUUUUAUAUGAUGGUAUUCAGGAGAGACCAAGAGAUUCAAAUUUAUUAAUCAUUCAAGCCAAUUAUUGUUUAGAAAAAAAAAGAUACGAUUUUGCUUUAUCCUGUGCUACUCAUGCUGUCAAGGCUUCUCCAUCUGAAUUCAAGCCCUGGGCAGCUUUAGUCAAAGUUUACACAGAACUAGGUGACUAUGAAAAUGCUUUAUUAACACUAAACUCAUGUCCAAUAAUACCACAUAAACAAGAAUUUAGACUUAAAAGAGUCGUAUCAACUUCCCCUGAAUUCAUGCAUUUGCCAUUGCCAAAUGAUGUUACCCUUGAAGAAGUCACAUCACUAAACUCUCAAGAUGUUGCAAUUGAACAUGAAUCAAUUGAUCCUUCUUUAUUGAACCUACCUGCAACAAACCUCAGUUCAACUUUUGCUAAAGCAUAUAGCCUCUUAACAGAAAUUGCUCAUAGAACAGGCUGGGAACAGCUACUAAAAUACAGAGCAAAAGUUUUUGUUAUGGAAGAGGAAUAUAGAAAGGAUAAACUAGUCUCCACUUCAAAUUUAUCUAGCAAUAAUUCAAGAACAAACAAGAAUCCAUUGAGUGAUAACAGUAAUUCUGUUAAAUUAGAAAAUGGUAAUGGUAAUGGUAAUGGUAAUGGUAAUGGUAAUGGAUUGAAAACAAGUACGUCAAAUAAUACCAGAAUCAGCUUGGAUGAAGAAAGUAACAUCAUCGAAGCGUUUAAAAAGAAAAGAUUAUGUGAAAGAUGGCUAGAUAAAUUAUUCAUGCUACUUUACGAAGACUUGAAAACAUAUAAAAUGUGGCAAGCCGAAUUUGUUCAUUUUCAAGCUCAAAGAAUGCUAUACAAGAAAAACACUUUAGAAUGGGAACUAUUAGGUAUGGUUGCUUAUAGAUUGCACAAUUACAAAGAAGCAUCAACAGCGUUCUCCAAUGCCCUAGCAGGUAGAUUUUCGAUCAAGAGUACCAAGAAAUUACUAAAUUAUUAUCAAAAUGAAAAGAAGAAAUUGAACAAAGAAAGCUUUAAUUUGCAACUCAAUAUUAAAACAUCACUCUCGCAAAUUACCAAAGCACAAAGCAUUCUUACAGACAAGAUAAUCGACUCGAGCGUCAAGCUUGCUGUAUGGAAUCACAGGUGGUACAAGGAGUUCAACCCACUCAUCCUCAGCUCGUUGAAGGAAACCGUUGGAGAGGAAGGGUUGGUCAAGAUCCAAAACCAAAUCCAAGCCAAAUAUGCCACCAACCACAACGGCGUUGGCGAGUUGAUGAACGAAUACUUCAAAAUUCUUGUGAACUUUAAGGUCUUUGGAACCGAGAACUAAUAGCCCACACUCUCAACCACUUUAUGUUCACUGCUUUCUUUCUCUUUUUCUUGUUCACCAUUACAUAGUUCUAAUUCCUUCCUCUUCCAGUAAAAACAACAACACGCACGCACACGCAAUCUCAUGCGGUUACCACCUAUUCUCACUGCAUUGGCAGUGUAUUACACGUGAGUUCUGGAAUAUACGCGUGUGUGCUGGAGUGUACUGUGACCCUGCAACAGCAGUCCGAAGGCCGCGCAUGUUUUAUAUGGGCCAACAGUGCAAACUCAAUUCUGCUUCUGGACACUUUCUGAAAAAAAUUGUCGCC